GGCGGCGAGGCGGGGCUGGGGCCUGGGACCCCCGGGCGGGGCGGGGCGCAGGGCCGGAGACUUCUGGACUCCACUGCCCGGCUGGGCCCUGCGGGCGGACCAGCGAGCGGGGCCGCCCCAGGGGGCGCGGGCGCAGGUGGCCCAGGGCCCUGGGGAGCCCUGGGGCCCCGGGGCUGCGGCGCUCGGCAGGUCGAUAGGGGAUCGAUAGGAGCUCCCGCAGCACCAUGUCUCGGGCAGCCAAGGCCCCGGCAGCCGGCCGAGAAGCGGCCCGUGGUGGCCCGGCGGGCGGCGCGGCCGCAGGUGCCGGGGCGCAGUAGCGGGUAGGGCGGGCGCGCGGCCGGGAGACUCCCGGGCCCCCAGCCCUCGAGACCCAACUCCAGCCCAGGCCCGAGCAAGUUGCGCCGGCGGCGGAGAGCCAGGCUACAAGGCCACCGGCCCGUCAUGCCAGCGGUCAAGAAGGAGCUCCCAGGCCGCGAAGACCUGGCCCUGGCUCUGGCCACCUUCCAUCCGACCCUGGCCGCACUGCCACUGCCGCCGCUCCCAGGCUACCCGACACCGCUGCCAGCUGCGGCCGCCCUGCCCCCGGCCGCCUCGCUACCCGCCGCGACCGCUGGCUACGAGGCGCUGUGGGCUCCACCACUCCGCUCCCCGCGCGCCUACCUGAGCCUGCACGAGGCCGCCCCGCACCUCCACCUGCCCCGGGGCCCUCUGGCCCUCGAACGCGUCUCAGCCACUGCGGCCGCGGCCCCGGAUUUCCAGCCGCUGCUGGACAACGGCGAGCCGUGCAUCGAGGUGGAGUGCGGCGCCAACCGCGCGCUGCUCUACGUGCGCAAACUCUGCCAAGGCAGCAAGGGUCCGUCCAUCCGCCACCGCGGCGAGUGGCUCACACCCAACGAGUUCCAGUUCGUCAGCGGCCGAGAGACGGCCAAGGACUGGAAGCGCAGCAUCCGCCACAAAGGAAAAAGUCUGAAGACGCUUAUGUCCAAGGGGAUUCUGCAGGUGCACCCUCCGAUCUGCGACUGUCCGGGCUGUCGAAUAUCCUCCCCGGUGAACCGGGGGCGGCUGGCAGACAAGAGGACAGUUGCCCUGCCCACUGCACGGGUCCUAAAGAAGGAGCUGACCCCCAGCUUCUCGUCCCGUGAUGGUGACAGCGAUGGGAGUGGCCCAGCCUGUGGGCGGCAACCAGGCUUGAAACAGGAGGACACCCCACAUGUCCCUAUCAUGAGGAGAAGAGUCCACACCCACUGGGACGUGAACAUCUCCUUCCGAGAGACGUCCUGCAGCCAGGACAGCGACCUGCCCACCCUCAUAUCCAGUGUCCACCGAAGCCGCCACCUCGUUAUGCCCGAGCAUCAGAGCCGCUGUGAAUUCCAGAGAGGUGGUGUGGAGAUAGGCCUGGGAGCCUCAGGUGACCUGUUGGGCAAGAGGCUAGGCCGCUCCCCCCACAUCAGCAGUGACUGCCCAUUGGAGAAAAAGGCACGAAGCAAGUCGCCCCAAGAGACUCUGUUGCUGCCAGAACUAGGGCCCAGCAUGGCCCCUGAGGAUCACUACCGCCGGCUCGUGUCUGCCCUGAGUGAGGCCAGCACCUUUGAGGACCCCCAGCGUCUCUACCACCUGGGCCUCCCCAGCCAUGAUCUCCUGAGGGUCCGGCAGGAGGUGGCAGCAGCAGCUGUGAGGAGCCCCAGUGGCCUGGAAGUCCACCUGCCCUCAUCCACGGCAGGUCAGCGUCGAAAGCAGGGCCUGGCUCAGCACCGAGAGGGCACCGUGCCAGCUGGCACCCCAUCCUUCUCAGAGAGGGAGCUGUCGCAGCCGCCCCCCUUGCUGUCACCCCAGAAUGCCCCGCACAUCGCCCUGGGUCCUCACCUCAGGCCCCCCUUUUUGGGGGUGCCCUCGGCUCUUUGCCAGACCCCAGGUUACGGGUUCCUGCCCCCUGCCCAGGCAGAGAUGCUGGCCCGGCAGCAGGAGCUCCUGCGAAAGCAGAACCUGGCCCGGCUGGAGAUGUCGGCAGAGCUGCUGCGUCAGAAGGAGCUGGAGAGCGCGCACCGGCCUCAGCUGCUGGCGCCCGAAGCCGCCCUGCGCCCGUCUGAGGGCGCCGAAGAGUUGCAGCGGCGCGGGGCCAUGCUGGUGCUGAGACACAGCUCCGCGCCGCUGCUGGCCCUGCCCCCCCAGGGACCCCCAGGCCCCGGCCCACCCACCCCUCCCCGGGAGCCUGUCCGCCGAGCCCUUCGGAAGGGGGGGCCCAGCCCCGCCUCAGCCCACUCCAGUGAGUCCAAGGAGACCACGGGGGCUGGGCUCUGGGCACAAGAUGGCUCUGAGGAUGAGCCCCCCAAGGAUUCAGAAGGAGAGGACCCUGAGAUGGUGGCUGCUGGGGGCCAGGGCCCCAACCUGGGCCAAGCCCCAACUGGAGGGGCCAGCCCUGAGGGGAAGGGGCUUCUCUCAGGGUCCAUGCUGCCCCCUCCACUGCCCCUGGGCUUACCCUACGCCGUCAGCCCCUACUUCCACACAGGCACCAUGGGGGGACUCUUCAUGGAUGGGGAGGAGGCCACAGCCCCUGAGGACCUCAGCAAGUGGACAGUGGACGAUGUCUGCAGCUUUGUGGGGGGCCUGUCUGGCUGUGGAGAAUAUGCACCGGUGUUCAGAGAACAGGGGAUCGACGGGGAGACCUUGCCCCUGCUGACCGAGGAGCACCUCCUGACCACCAUGGGGCUGAAGCUAGGGCCUGCUCUCAAGAUCCGGGCCCAGGUGAGUGCCAGCUGGGGGCAGGAGUCUCCAGACAACGGUGGGUCAGCACUGAGCUCUUUGUGGCUGCAGGCCAGCAGGCCAGCAGCGCCCCCACCCAGGCCCGUCUCUCCGCAGGUGGCCAAGCGCCUAGGCCGAGUCUUCUACAUGGCCAGCUUCCCUGUGGCUCUGCCGCUGCAGCCACCGACGCUGCGGGCCCCAGAGCGGGAGCUCACCUCUGGGGAGCAGCCCCUGUCCCCAACAAUGGCCCCCUCCCCCUAUGGGGGGGGACACCCCCCUGCUGGCCGAGCCUCGCCCAAGCAAGAGAAUGGAACUGUGGCUCUGCUCCCCGGCCCCGCAGAACCCCCCCAGCCUCUGUGCUGAGCUGGUGGGUAAACCACCCUGACCCCUAAGUCCUUCAGUGCCAGCAGCUGAUGCAAAAGACCCCACCCCACAGCUUACUUGCGUUUUGGAUUUGGAUGCAGAAACACAAAGAAUUUUUAAAAGGAAAAUGUGACUUAAGAGGAAAAGAGUUUUCAGAACUUUCUGGGGUGGCCAUACAGCCAGGUGCAGACAGCCUGGGGACCCAAACCUGAGCCCAGGCAUGGGCACUCUGCAUCCUGGGUGCCUGCAGACAAACCACAGAAUGACAGAGGAGGCACGUCAUGCCACACUGGCCGCGGCCGUGCCUGCUCGCUCUGUCUAGCACUGGGACUGCUCCUUGCGAGGCUUUCCGCAUCCUGCCAUCAGGGGCAAGAGGUCGGGGCAGAGUCCCACUCCAGACCAGCUUCUCGCACAGGCUUGAUGUAUCUAACCCAAUACUGUGGGGCGCAGCAGUAAACAGCCCCCAUGGUGCUGGUUUCCAUCCCCACGGCCACGACUCCAGGGAUCUGUGCAGGGCUCAGUACUUUCUGGUCUCUCAUGUUGUAAAAAUAAAGCCCCAUCCACCAUCUACUGCCCUUCCCCCCGCAGCAUGGGCCCUGACCUCCAGGCUCAGGGCCAGCCAAGAAGCUACAAGCCCAACUGCCUGGUGAGGUGGGAGCACUGCACAGCAGUCCCCACAGGUCCCCAGGCUGGCAGCCCUCAGUCCUCCUCAGAGAGCUGCAGAUCCUGCAACUCAUCCUCUGGUCCCUGGGCCAGCCGCCACAGCUCCCGAAGGUCCAGGCCCGCUUCUGUGUCUGGGCCUCCAUCUGCAGGGAGAGACCAAGGCAACAUAAAUUCUGCUUUAUCAGGAAGAAGCCAGCCUUGGAGAUUCCUCAUCACUAAUUAAUCACAGCCCUAAUUAAUUUAUUGGUGCCACUGUUACUGGCUGCCAGAACCAGCGGGAACACAGCAGCUGGCCUGGCAUCCCUAAGGAAGGGUGUGGGCCCAGCUUAGAGCCAUCCUCCCACCCGAUGGCCCUGCCUGCCCAUGCACCCACGCCCAUGACAGCCUUGGGCUCCUGGACAGAUAGGCUCAAAGGGCCACAGCACUACCCCUCACCCCCAGGAACCACUUACCUUUUGAACUGCCGACUUCUUCCUGGCUGCCAUCCUCCUCCUCCUCCUCCUCCUCUACCCUCUGCCAAGCUCUUGGGGACCCAGGCAUCCCUGGGGACCAAGGAGAAGAGCCCAUGGGAGUGGGCCUGCCAGCAAAUGCACACUGGGGGAAGCUAAUGCAGGAAGGUGGGCCAGGCUCACAACCCCACACCCACCCACCUUUCCCUCAGGCCCCCUUGGGGCAGGUGGAGAGGGCUCCCAAGUGCCCAGCAAGGAGUGGGAGCGAGGGAACAAGGUCUGGGGACAUGUGUUCCAAUUCCAGGAGGCCCUCACCUCAGAGCAAGCAGAGUGGUGGGAGAAGGGCCCCAGCAAACAUGAGCGGUAAGGUGGGAGCCGGCACCCCCUUCUGGUUCCAUGAGGUGUCUGAGGAAGCCUUCCAGGUCCACCUUCCCCUUCCCCGCAGGGAGCUCAGGCCCCUACCUCUCUCUGAGAAGUCCAUGGUACUAUCUUCCUCAUCACUGUCCAGGUCAAAGAGAUCUUUAAAUUCCACUCUGUCUUCAUUCUUGUCUCCUACCUUCCGCCGCUUUAUCUCUGGCAAGUUCAAAUCUUCCAGCUGGAAGGACCCGGAAUCAGAGCAGGAGGUGAGGGUGGUCAGGUGGCUCUGAGAGCCCACCGAGGCCUGGUCCCCAACCUGCCCUGUCUCAGCCCUGGGCCCCACCCUCCACCUAAAGGCUUAGCCCACAGCCACAGCGAGGUCACAUCGUGCGUCACAUAACAAGAACCCUGACCACAGUCACUGUCUCCCUCUCCCUCACAUUCCCAAAGACAGGCUUUAUCCAAACCCAGUGCCCCAUUCCCUCCUCCGUUGCCCUUCAAGCUUCACCUCCCAACCAGUCUUCCACACCAACUCUGCUUGGCCACUUUUUCUAGCCAACUCUUGGUCAGCAUCACUGGAGAGGACUCCUGGACAGCCGCCCUGCCAGGCAGGUGAGGAGGCCCCAGCCACACACUGGCCACCAAGUGCCAUCAAAGGUAGAAUCACACCCACUGGCUGGAGGCCCAGCUGCAGCCCCUCACCUCUCUGUCUCCAACCUUCAACCAUCAAUCCCAGAAACGACAGCAGACCCAUGACGACAUGAGCCCAAGGACACAGACAGAGGCAUGCCACUUAGCAUGUGCCCUCAAGUCACACCAUCCCACACCCACUGGCCAGGCCCAGACUCAGAGCAUAGCCCCUCCUGUGCCUCCUGCCGAUCCUCUGGUGUCCAAGGUCAGUCUAGCCACUCCCUCCUCCAAAAUCCCCAGCCAGUCUGGCCUCCAGGGACUCCUGAAGGUCGUAAGAGAAGCCCUGAUUACCCAGUUUUGCAUGACGUCUGCCCCUUCAGAGCGGCCACAGGACAGGCUGCAGCUGCGAACAGGCCCCAGCCAUCCUGCUGACGUUGUCCCUGGGACUGUCCCCUCCCACAAGCCCCCUUCCCCACUCUGAUCUUAAAGUCACAGCCAGGGAGCUGGACCCUUGUCUCAGAACAAACCAGGUGGUCAUGCCUGCCCAUAUCCCCCCCUACCCGCCCCCCAGCAAACGUCCCCUGCAGACAUACACGCUCUUUGCCACUGAUCUCCAGCUGGAUCUCUCGCUCCCUCAGCUUCCGCCACUGGCUGUAGUACUUGCUGAGAGGGGUCCCUUCCUCUCGGGUCUGCUUCUCCCAGGCAUCCUGUGGGGAGAGGUCCAGGAUCAUGUCCCAUCCUGGGCAAACCUCCAAAGCCCAGCCCUGCACUGACUAGUACGCUCAGGCAGUGCCACCUGCCCAGCCACCCUCCCGGGCUCCCAACUGACCACCGCGUGCUGCUCGGCCACACCAAAGGAGGCCCCCUGGCGGCGGCUGCAGAUGUACCCUGCAUUCUCCUGCACCUUCUCCAGCAGCUGCUGCAGCUGCCGGCAGUAGUUGGCCACCUUGCAUUCCCGGAGGAAGGACUUCAGCUGCAGAAGGAAGAGCGGCUCAGUCAGGGUCCAGACGCAGGCCUGCUCUGCACCCCACAAUCUGUCUGGGUCACACAUGACCACAGGGAGGUGGUGGGGGAGCAGGGAACAUGGGUUCAUGUGUCUCACAGCCCAAGUGCACAAGUCUGGCCCUGGGGAGCCCUAGUGCACACAGCUGGGGAGUGGGGCCCAAGUGCACACACCAGACUGUGGGGAAGGGGGCGCUGCAUGACCGCUGCUGCCGGGGCCUACGGGGGCUGGAGAGCAGAUGGCCCAUCCCAUAGGCCAGGCAGAGGCAUGGAGGCCGCAGUGGGGCAGCAUGGAUCUAUCCUCCAGAUCAAAUCCCACCCUCAGCCUGUCUCUGUAAAUAAAGUUGUAUUGGUACAUGUCCACACUCA